CCUGGAUGGACGUUGGUGUGAUUGAUGUUCCCCUCUAGAGCGUGUUUCAGACUCUCCGCUCACAGCAGUCUGAAUGUGUAUCCGCGGCUGGCGUCAGCUCCAACUCGCAGCGUUGCUCUUUCACUGCUCACAGCAAGAUAACAUAUUUGGGGAUCUCUAUUGCCAACUACUACAUUGCUCAUCAACGCUGAAAGUUACAGCAUUUUUUUUUACCGAUACCAUUACCUAUUUUGGGGAUAAUUAUUUAGGGAUUUUUUUUGUUUGUCGAUCUGUGAAGUUAGUUUCAGUUUUCGGUUUUCUCCGCGAUUGGGAUAUUAAGACCAGAAGACUAAUCUAACAACCAAGUCGUUCAUCAUGGGACAGAAGUCAGUCAGUACGAGGGGAGAGACAGAGACAUGCUGGUAGUCUGUGGUGGAGUCAAGAGCACAACAAAAGCUAAAUCUCCUUUUUUUUGUCUAUUCUGGCAACUUAGUCUUCUAGUUAUAUAAUAGUGAACUUUUUACCCAUCAAUCGCCAUGGCCUCCAGCCUGACCUGUGCCGGUGUAAUCUGGACCCUCCUCUCCCUGCUCUGUGCCGCGGCCUCCUGUGUCGGCUUCUUCAUGCCUUACUGGCUGCUCGGUUCCCAGAUGGACAAGCCGGUCUCGUUCGGCACCUUCCGACGGUGCUCGUACCCGGUGCGCGACGAGGAGAGCCAGGCCACAGUGAUCCUGGAGCAGUGUGGGCGUUAUGCUUCCUUCCAGGGGAUACCUAGUCUGGAGUGGAGGAUCUGUACGGUGGUGACGGGGGUGGGCUGUGGUCUGCUGCUCCUGGUGGCCCUCACAGCCCUCAUGGGAUGUUGCAUCUCUGAUCUCAUCUCCAGGACCAUCGGACGUGUGGCCGGGGGAAUACAGUUCGUUGGAGGUCUGCUGAUAGGGUCUGGCUGUGCUCUCUACCCCGCUGGGCUGGGACAGUGAGGAGGUCCGACAGACCUGCAACAACACCUCCGACCAGUUUGAACUGG